CCCCCUUUUCCUUUCAACGUUGUGAAAUUCGCAUGCGUUCUCGAUUUACAUCUCAAUUAAAGCUUAAGAGAUAGCUGUUCAUAUUUUUGGUGUGUCUUUCCUUUGAUUCAAUAUGGGUAUUCUUCGUAUAUUAGAAAUUAUAUUUGUCUUUUAUUUUGCUUCUCACAUUCCUAUUACAUUAUUCAUUGAUCUUCAAGCGUUGCUUCCUGCGCAGAUGUAUCCGCAACAGCUGAAAGAUGUUUUGAGAUGGUAUGGGGCUGAGUUCAGAGACCCCAUGAUGCUGGAUCCCCCCACCUGGUUCAAGUCCUUCAUCUUCUGCGAAGCUCUGGUUCAAACACCCUUUUUCCCCAUAGCUGCAUACGCCUUCCUGAAAGGAGGCUGCAAGUGGAUCAGGACUCCAGCCAUUGUGUAUUCCACCCACGUAGUCACCACCCUGGUCCCCAUCCUAGCCCACAUCCUCUACUACCCUUUCCCCACAGAGCCCCACCCUGGCCCCCAGACCCAGAAGGAGCGUUACACCCUGGCAGCCAUCUACGCUCCGUACCUCCUGAUUCCUCUGAUGCUGCUGUUCACAAUGCUCUUCAGCUCAGCUUACAACACCAACACUCAGGGAGGGAAGGGCUCAGCUAAGGCCAAGAAGAUCAAAUAAAAAGACACUCAUUUCUAGCCUGAGUGCUAGUCUGUUUGUGCUAUUGUCCAACUCCAUUGCUGUCCUUGUCACCUGUUUGGUUUGAUGGCACAAACAGAUUAGCACUCGGGCUACUAAUCCACCUGUACAUUCUGUAAUACACUGUACUGUUACCCGGCAGUCUGUCCAGGCUAUCAUACCUCUUCGUCUACAGUACUAAUUUUCAUAGUGAUUUUUUUCCCCUCAAGUGAUGAAUUGUCAAUUGGUACAUUUCAAGUCAAUAAACCACAUAGGUACGUUAAACAUUCAUAACAAUUCAUAUGGUUUUGAUCGUCACAGAUUAGCGAUAGCCAAGAAUAUUGGACACCCAAGAGAAUCAAAAUGCAAAUCCUUUAUUUCAAGUAUAUAUCUCAUCUUUUGAUGAAGUUGGUCCACUAAGCUGGUUUACUAACUUUUAACAUGGAUAAGAUGAAUGCAGAGGAGGAUGAUAUUUACUGUAAACAUAAAUAAUGUACAUUACUUUUAAAAAUUGUUUGUAUACACUGGCCUGAAACUCCAAUAAGCCACCUGAGGAUACAUGUGUUGCUGUAGUACCACAGACAAAGGUGAAAUGAUAAAACCAUGAACAUAUUCGUACCUUAGAUGUAAAACAGAACUAAGACACAAAUGGGGAGGGGGGGGAGGGGCAACACAGAAAAAAAUAAAAUUGUUUUCAAAAUCCUGAAAUGUACAGUAACAUGCACAUACUGUACUUUUGUUUUUCCACUUGUAGAAAAAGGUAAUAAAACUAAUCUAUACAGAGUAAUUAUUCAGUAUUAAAUAGUAUAAAUAAAUUCCUUCAUAUAUAAAUAGCUUUCUACCCCAUUUGGUUGACUGACAUACUGUAGUGUUGUGAAAGUUGUGACAUCUAUAGAGCCUCAGGUUUGAACUAUAUUGAAGCAUUCCAACACUUAAAUGCUAAAAAUAGGGGGGAUUGUCACUUAGACACCUGCUCGUGAGGGACAUUUGAUGGUGUUAUAAAGUUUCUUCUAAUUUUG